AUGCCAAGUUCUUUCUUAGCAUCAAGAAACAGUACCGCAAAAAAGAUAACUGCAAUAGUGGAGAAGGAGUUUUCACGGGAAAUCGACUUGAAGGAAAAAGAGAUUUUGCAGAUACAGGAGAGAUUACAUAAAACUCUGAGGAUCUUUCAUCUGUUGCGUUACAUCAUAAUUACUAACUUUUACAAUCGCAAGCAGUGUCAAAUUCCCCAAGCUGCGGAGACAACGAAACAGACGAGAAUUCAUCCUGCGAUUAAGACGUUACUCGGGAAGAGUCCCAGUUCAGCCGAUCAUGCAGAUCUUGCAGUGCCGUCGACAUCCACCGAUCCUCGAUUUUUGUAUGACGACAAAUCUCUCGUAUCGAGCACCGCGGUGGAUAACGUGCUUAAACUCGAGGAAAAUGCGAACAAACGUGACGGCACGUUGCGCCAAGGUGAGAAGCGAAAAGCGCCGGACGAUCAAUCUCAACUGCGCAAGGUACCUCGUUAUGUACCACCGAAGAGCAGCACGCCCGAGAAGACGAGUCCGUCGCGCGGGAAUAGCCACAAAGUCCGCAAGCGUAUCGUCGUCGGCAACAUCUCCAAGUGGAUCCCACCGGAUUGGCGAGAGGACGCGUCUAGUCAUAAGUGGACGAUGUACGUGCGAGGUGACAAGGAUGAAAAUAUUAGCGCUUUUGUCAAUAAGGUGAGGUUCUUCCUACAUCCCAGUUAUCGUCCAAAUGACGUCGUCGAGGUCACGUCGUACCCGUUUCAUUUGUCCCGACGCGGAUGGGGCGAGUUUCCUCUCAGAGUGCAACUGCACUUCAAGAACGCCCUGAACAAGCCCAUGGAUAUAAUUCAUCAUCUGAAGCUGGAUCGCACCUAUACUGGACUGCAAACCCUGGGUUCGGAGACUGUGGUCGACGUGUGGAUUCACACGGCAGAAUCCCGCAAUCCCGAGCAGAAUUAUAGCGAAUCCGUCGAGUCUUCCGUUAAUGACACUCUCGUGAAGAUUGAAUCGAAGGAUGUUUUUGAAUCUACUCAUAAACAGUCGUCUACUCAUAAAUUUGCGGACACGUCACGGCUUACCACAAACAAUUUUAAGGAGAUUCAAGUGAAAGAAGAAAUAUCUGAUUCAGAAGUAUGCGAACAAUUUAAUUCAUCGUUGGAUUUAAUGUUGAUCAAAAAUUCAGAAGGCGCCAGAAUAAAAACUGAAUCUAACGCAACUCAUAUAUCCAACGACGAACACAUAGAAGUGAUAUGUAACUAUAUUAAACACGAUCAUAAUUAUUUUUUCAGACAGUAUUCCGAUUCUCGUCAUUGUACCGUAAGAGAAGGAAACACGACUGUAGAACACUUUCCAGAGACUGAUCAUACAACAUUUGCGAUCAAUUCGUUAAGAGUCGAGAAUAAUAAAAAAAAAUCCGAUGUAACAGUUACCUCGCGUAGAAUUAAUGGUGAUAUUCAGUCUUCCAGAAACUAUCAGCCUUUAGCAUCUUCAAACGCAAUGCUAAAUGAUUCGCUAGCGGCAUCAGGAAAUGCAACAUUCCAAGAGAACAAUAGUCAAAAGAAUCUAUUCGGUACGAAUAAAUAUUUACAGAAAAACUCGAGGAGUGAUGAUACCUUGAAGAUUUUAGAAACUACCUCUGCCAGAGAUAUAGCAACAAUUAAUGGAUUUCGCAAACCAUCCGGUUCCUCGCUUGACUGCUUCAACAAUUUACAGAAAACCACAGGAUCACCGGAGACCUGUAAUUCGCACUUGAAACCUCUGCAAAUCUCCAUACCACCGUCGAAUAUAUUUGCAUCGUUGCCCAAUAAGCACGUACUUCUGUUGAAGGAUAAAAAAUCGAUGGAUCUUACGAGUAUCCUUCCGUCGAAAUCCAACGAGAACUCGAGAAUGUUCAUCGAUGGCGACGUGAAGAUUUCCGUUCCGCGGGACGGUAAUGUCGCGAAGCUGAACAUUCGCGUUCCCCAGGGCGUGAGCAUCCUGAAGAAGCUCCCUAACGUCAAAGCGAACGCGCGACAGGAAGACACUGUCAGCAACAACAAGAAGACCACUGUACUCAAGCUGAAGAGCGCUAACAGUUUACUGCUAAAUGUCAACGAAAACGUGCCGAUCUUGAAGAUAGCGGAUUCGCAUGAUUCGCGAUAUAGUUACAGCCUCGCCGAGACGACGAUCGGCAAGCAGGAGCUUGCGUCGUGCGCGAAAUUGCAAGAGAAGACCGCGGUUCAGCGGGCGAAGAUCACGCUGGGCAAGGACAAAUUCAAGAUCUACAGCAAGAGGGAUCAGUACGAGGCGACACUUCGGUCGAUCGAUAGCGUGAGUAUCGCUGACACGGAGGCGCUGAUACGAUUUAUCAUACGCCGAUUACCGAUCAUUACGCGAGACGUCCGCGAUCCCGACUACAGACGACUGCAUCCUUAUGCGUGCGGUAGCGAGGAGGAAUACUUGACAUGCAACAUCGGCAAGCAACGUGCUAUGGAGUGGUACCGCGCGAAGACAAUCAGAGACUGCCUACGAACGAAGCUGAUCCCAGUUGAUCAAUUGUGGAGCAUCAAGGAAAUCAUACUGUGGGCGAGAUUGCACGGCUACACACCAAGUCAGAGCACUUUCGGCGCGCAGGAAAUAGUCGAAACGAGUGACACGAAGAAACUACCCGACAUCACAACAUCCGCCACGUCUUGCACUGUCCUGUCCACGUGUACGGAGCCGAUUGCGUUGCAAAAGUGGCUGCAGACCUGCCAGCAAGAAUCUAACCAUCAGUCGACAGAUAAUUACAUCGACGAUGAAGAAAUCGACAUCGAGACUAUCAAGGAGUGUCCACGCAGGAUAGCAAUCGAUCGGAGAAAAAACGAUGGUAACCAAAAUAGCAAUUAUUCAUCCGAUUCUGCAUUAAUACCGAUCGAACUUGACGAAGAUCUGCUGCCGUUUCAUAAUUUCGUAUGCGACACCGCGCGAGACAUCGGCAUCAAGAUUGGACCAGAGGAGGUUGUACCUGGUGUUCUGUAUUGUGCAGCUAGUCGCGUAAUAAUGCGGGUUGUUGAAUGUUUCGUGGAGGAUCUCACUCGAUCGUCGCUGGCAAGAGCUUGGGAAAGAAAUAACGGGAAUGAAUACCCCAAAGUUAUUACGCCGAACGAUGUCCGUAACGCUCUCGCAAAUCGAGAGGAAUUCGACAUUUUGACAAACGAAGGUUUGGGCUCGAGACAAGAAUUGAAUACGGCAGAACUGUGAGGACACACGUGUUGUCGCUAACGAGCAAUCGCUCGGUUGUAUCGCUACGGACUUCAGAGUACAACGAAGUAAUCGGUGAACAUGCAGUGAAAGAAAGUCGAGACAGACGCGAGUUUUCCAUCAUGGGAGAUA